GGAUCACUGUUUAGGGAGGGCAGUCAUCACACCAUCCUGAGCAGCAGGAGCUGACGUUGGAUGGAGCUGCCAGGUAGCUGAAAAAAGGCACAGAAAGCAGCUGAUACCCACUUUUCAACAGGGUUUUUUUUUUAGUCUGAAUCUGGACUUCAAGCAAUGCAGCGCCUGAGACAGCUCAUCUAAACCUCACUGUAUUGCAAUACUCGCUCUUUCCAAAGAAAAAGACUCCACUGAGUAGCAGAAUGCUGCCAGUGCCGCAGCUAGGGCUACAAUACAGCGCCUUUUUGUAACAUUUUUAAAUCUCCUUCUGCUCAUAUAAUAGAUACAUACAUACACACAUAUAUAAAUUCUUCCUUUUUUUGAGAGCACCUUUGGCUUUUGUUACCCUGAUGUGACUUUUUCCUCGUCUUGGAAUGAUGGGCAUCUUUCUGGCUUAUGUUGGAUUCAUUUUCUUUUCAGUUAUGUAUAUUCAACAAGGACUUUCUACCCAAGCAAAAUUCACUGAGUUCCCCCGAAAUGUCACGGCCACUGAAGGGCAGAACGUGGAGAUGUCAUGUGCUUUCCAAAGCGGCUCCUCUUCGGUAUACCUUGAAAUCCAGUGGUGGUUUCUGCGGGCAGCUGAGGACCAAGAGGCUGGAGCCGAGGUGACAGGCACUCAGGUGGAGCUCUUGCCCGAGCGGGACUUGGACAGCGACGGCACCAAGAUAAGUACAGUGAAAGUACAAGGGAAUGACAUCUCCCACAAGCUGCAGAUUUCAAAAGUGAGAAAAAAGGAUGAAGGCUUGUAUGAGUGCAGGGUGACAGAUGCCAACUACGGAGACCUUCAGGAAUACAAGGCCCAGGCAUUUCUCAAAGUCAAUGCUAACAGCCACUCUCGGCGAAUGCAAGCCUUUGAGGCAUCUCCAAUGUGGUUGCAAGACAUGAAACCUCGCAAAAACAUCUCAGCAGCUGUUCCAAGUAGCAUCCACAACUCUGCCAAUCAGCGUGUGCGUGCCACCUCCAGCCCUGAAGCAGCAGCCAAAAUCCCCAAACAAAGUCCACAAUCAGCAAAGAGCAAAUCGCCUGUAAAAUCCACGGAGCGGACAGCAAAGUUGACCCUAACCUCCAACCACCACUCUGCACCCAAUGUACUCUAAAUCUCUACACAAGGAGCACCUUCUUCAGGAAGUACAAACAAAAAUACUAAAUAAAUAAAUAAAUAUUAUAAAAAGAAGAGGAUACCACAUGUUUUCUUGAUAGAUCUUAUUUUCUUUGGCCUAUCACUGAUCUUUUAUUUGAAGAGAACUGGUGUGAUGUAAUAGGACGUUUUGUAACAGGAAGACCUAGUUUCCUUUUCUUUCGGCGAGUAGAAGCCUCAUAUCCUUGACUUCUCAAGGGUUGGCCUGCGAGUCAUCAGUAUUAUAAAAUUAGCCAUGGAUGACAGUUUCCUACGCUGAAAGAAUCAUACGAGCCGGGAAGCAAAUAGAGGCCAAAUAAUGAAACAAAACAUAGUGAAUCAACAUCAACUCUGAUAAAACACCUCACAAACUUUGUCAAAAAGUCUUUUUUUGUUGUUUAUUUUGUUUUGUUUUGUUUUGCAUGAGGAAUAGAGAGGAAAAAGAAACCCUAGAAAGCAGCUAAGCAGACUAGAGGGCAUUGUUUCUGGAGAACAAAUGAGGGUAUUUUUCUUUCAGGUUUUUUUUUCUUCCCCAUCAUUCUUCCCUGUGGGUUUUUUCCCUCCUUUUUUGGUUUGUUUCUUGUUCAAUGGUGGCAUUUGCUGACUUAGGCCAACCCCUGACAACUGUGUGGAGGUUGAUAUAUAUACAUCUUUUUUGUGUGUGUGUUCUAUAUUUCAAUGUGUUUUCUCUAAUUUUGCAACUCCUGUAUAUGCAAAACUAACUUAAAUUCUGUAAAUUGCUUACAGUCUGUGUGAUAUAACUUCAGAGCAGACAUACUUUGGUUCUCAUGCAAGCCAGUUUUUAAUCUUACCUAUAUGUCGUGCCACCAAUAGACAUGUUUAUUUCCUUUCUUGACAAAACAUCACUUUUUAGUUUGUAAUUCAGUAUUGUGUGGAUUUUGUAAUACAUACAUUCACUUCCACUGGUUUGACCCCUACCAGCCCUCUGUUUAUUCUGUAAAUGCACAUUAAAAUUUGUUAUGGUCUCUAGACAAUGAAUUAUUUUAGUUUUGUGUAUGUUGUGUUGGAGUUCAGUAGCUGAAAGCUCUUUUCAUUUGUGAUGUUUAUACAGGAUGAAGUGAUUUGAUCACUAGAGACUGUAAAAUACAGGUUUGCAGUCAAAUACUGCACAUAAAGGAAGGUUAGGAGGGGAAAACAGAUACACCAAACAACCAGACCAUGGCUUAAAGGAUAUUCUUUCGGCAAAGAGUUUUAGGAAAGUGAGCUUAUUAUAUUGGUAAACUAUAUUCACAAAGCAACUCUACCCAUGUGGCCCAAGAAGUGUCUUUCUUCGCUUUUUCUGCAAGUGGAUUGUCAUUGCUCAUUCAUAUUCUUAAUUAAAAUACUUUGUCUGUGAACCGAACAUGAAAAUUUUGCUGUUGACUGAAGUAAUAUGCAUUACAUGAAUUACAUUCAUUAAUGCAGGAAGGAAAAAUUGCUACCAUUUGCAGCUGCAAUCAGGAAGUCUUUUUUUUCUUUUCUUGUCUCCCUCCUUCCACUGAUGCUGAACAAUCCAAACCCUUUCAUUUAUCAGCACAGACAACCAUAUAUACCAUAUGCUUAUUAUGAUCUAUUUACAACAACACUAAGCAGCUGCAGUGUGGUCAGCUAUGUGAUUUCUCCUCAUUCUAAAGAUACAUAGAGAGGGAGAUAAAAGAGUAUGUCUAGUAUCUCACCAGUCCAUGGUGUAUAGGCCUAUAGUUUUAUUUCAAAAUGUCCGUAUGGGCCCAUUCUUGCACACUCUGAAGUCUUCCCCCACUAUUUUCAAAGGAAAAAAGAACAAAUCAUGCAGUACAGAAUGAAAGGGUAACACGCUAAUGCUUUGGACAUAGGUGUAUAGUUGUGCAUAUAUUACCUGCCUUAUCUAUGUAUUCAGUACCAUCAUCUUUGACUGGGAAUAGUCAGUGUUUCUUUGGUCUCAGAAAAUUCUUAGUAGUAGUAAAUAGAGUGAAAUUAUAACCUAAUAUACACAAAUUGGAAAUAACUUUCAGGAAAAAAGAGGGAAAUUUUAUUUUUUUUUAAUGCAAAAUUAAUGACCCACUGGAAUAUUGAGUGCUUAAAAGGUUUUGCCUCAUAGUAAUAAUAACUAAGCGGCCUACUGACAAACAGUCCUCUCAUCCCCAAAGUAUUUUGAAUGAAAAACAAUAGUCUGGAGUGAGCAGAAAGUAAAUCAGGAAAGAGAGCUGUUUGAUGUUUCCUUUUCUGAAUGCACCCAUGGAACCACACUUGCACAACUCUGUCGGAAAGCCGACAUUUUUCCCAUGUUACAGUUAUUUAUGAUUCGGUGCUGUGAGAUUUUCCCACACGGAGUUUGAAAAUCUCAGUUUCCAUCAAUCUCAAUGGGAAUCAAAGGCACUGAUCCUCCAGAUGAUGCUUAACAUCACACAUACUUCAUUCAAAUACAUGUCUACUGUAUAUAUAUAUUUUGUAUGAAUAUUCUGUGUAUGCACAUAGUCAUAUAGACAAUUUGCAGUGACAAACAUGGCAUUACGUGUGGCACUUUUCAGGAGCAGUUUCGCCUCACAUUGUUAAAGUUUGCCUCUGAUUUUUAUCUUAACCUGAUAUUGUGUUCUAUAUUAUGCUACCACUUAGCUAUAAAGCACCAUGUAUUAGGGGGUGAGAGUAAAGAACCAACUGAAUUUAAAAGCAGAACUCCAGACCAUCCGGACUAGCAUGAUAUAAAAACUCAAAAGGCUGUCUACCAAGGAAAGCACAAUAUGGUGAUCUGCUAUUGUUCUUCAACUGCGCCAGCAAAAAAGUGGAUAUAGAACAGGAAAAUUACAAUAUAUAGGACUUUUGAAAAGUCUUUAAAUGUUGCCCAAGAGUCUAAAAGGAUAUAGAAAUUUUCCUCCCUCCUUCCACUUCUCCCCUCCCCCCCAAGCUAAUAAACCCAAAAAGCUCACAUGAGGCUGGUCCAGCCCUUCUGGCUGCAGAUCUGGACCGCAGCUUUAGGGCUUCUGCCAAGCUGUGUGGAUGUGACAGCAACAGCUCCAAAUAGGAGCAAGUAUUGCAUUUCUAAACUUUAUGCUGUGUCUUAAUAACUGUUCUUCAAGUUACAAAUCAGCCUCUAGCCUCGAAGAAUUCUCUAAGAGCAAGUUAAGCCCCAGUAGCCCCUCUUUUUCCUGUGAACCUCGUUACAAACGAUUAGCACAUACAUGGAACAACUGCCAUUUUCUGCUGUGGUUCCAGUUCCGCACAUCCCUUCGGUAUUCAUCUAACUUUCAGUUUGGGCUUAAAUCCAGUAGGAAAAAAAUUGACUUAAUCAUAUACUUAAAAGCUCCAUUGAGUUAGGUCCCUCAAAAGAGGCAACUUGCACCUGCUGGUGGCAAAAUCUCUCAUAAACCAAUGUCCUCAAGUUUUCUGCAGAAAAAGUUUAGUUCUGAGAUGGCUAUUUACAUGACUCAUGCUUCUCAUGGCAGUGCUCCCAAGACCUCAUUGCAUUAGAUAAAGCUACAAAUUAUAGCAAUAAAAAUAAUAUUCUUUAAAAAGCCCGAAUAUGGCUUCCUUCACAUUGUUCAACAGUUUUUGUUUUUAAUAGAAGAGUUAGUAUGGGUGACCAUGAAGCACCUUCAUAUUUCAAGGUAUAUGCCAUCCAAAUAUAGCACACACAUUUUUAGGUGUUAUAUGUUAUGAAGCUAAAAGAAACCUAUUCCCACUCUAUUAAAUAUUAUCAAUAUUGCACUGUCCCAUCCUCCUUUUGUAUUACAUAAAAAAAAAAUCUUCAGUAUUUUUGUAAUACUAACAAAGAUUGGUACUGCUACAGAUCCUGUCCCAUAAAUCCUUCUCUCAUUCAGCGGUUACCAACAUUUUUCUCUCUGGAACUUCAUGUAUGUAAGUCGUUGCAUAACAUGUUUGAACUUCCCUUUCUUAAUUGUCUUUUGUAGAUGCCUCAAAGAAAACCCCGGAGCAUGAGGGAUGCUCAGCCCAUAGAUUAAAAAAAGCAUGAGAGACUAACUGAGGAUUGACUGCUUCUUCCUCAGAAUUAUUGUUAAGAAAGGUACUAGAGACCCUGAAAGAGAGCUGUCACUUGGUAAACACUGUUUCUCUCAUGGAUUACUGUUAUUUUUAUCAUUCUAAAUGUCUAAUAUUUAUAUUACAGCACUGUCUAAAGGCAAAGAUCAGAAGUAGGUGCAUACAAGGAGUCAAAGCAACAGCAAUAGGACUGCUUGGAGGUUUAAAGCUAUGCAUGUGAUUCAACGCCUCUGUAACUUAGGAUAAGAACACACAUUAGAACCCGUUUCUCUUAUUCUUUCUUUGUAGUAUUUUUGUUUCUUUGAAAUAAAAUGAGGAAACAGUGGCCACUGCAAAAAUCUGAAUGCUUGCCUAACAUUGUCCAGUGUUAAACUUGUAACUAAGUAACAAUCUUUACAGUGUUAUCAAUAUUUAAUUAAACAUUAAAAAAAGA